AUGUGUGUCCUGGGAUCCACGAUCCGUUGUUUGACGAAGCCUUUAUUCCUGACCAAAACAUCGAAAGAAGACCCCAAGCCCAAACCCAAGCCGUUUGAUAUCCGCGUAUUCAAGAACAUACCGUACACAAUAUUUGUAUUUUGUCAAUUACCGAUAUGGACAUUUUAUACCGGACUGCCCGUUUUCAUCGUUGACAUUGCUGAAAAUAGAGGUUACUCUCUAGAGGCUGCCUCAUUACUACUUUCCGCCUUCACCGUCUCAGGCGUUGUUGGAAGCUUGCUCGGGGGACUUUUGGACUCCGUGCUGAACAUACCUGCUAUGUUGUCUUCCGCUGCAGCCCUUUCUGUGUGUGGAUUGCUCAGUUUUGGAUUAGCCUACUUUUAUGAUUAUGGUGUGAUGGUUGCGCUGACAGUGGGCCAUGGGAUUCUAGUAUCUCUGGUGGAUGUGUGCAUUCCUAUUAUCGUGCAUCAACUGUGUGGUCACGCUAUGUAUUCCUCGGCUUUGUCUUUCUUCUUUGGCAUUUCCGGCGUGGCCGAUAUAUGCAGCGGACCCGUGAAUGGCGCCAUCAGAGACAUAACGGGAGACUACAUCGUGAUGUUUUAUCUGGCUGGUAGUGUAGCGCUGUUUAUGGGGGUCAUCUUCCUGCUUCUGGAACUCUGGGUGCGACGAGGAAGGUCUUCGUUGAAGGAUGCACAUGUUUCGCAAGAAACUGUGAACACUAAAUUGUGACUGUCACAUUAUACAACAUGUCGUCCUUGUCAUCCAAACUCAAAGGCAUAAAUUGCAUAAUACAUAUUUACAAAUUCCUGUAAAUAUUUCAUGGCUGACCGUGCUGCUCGUGUUAAAGAACCUACAGCGGAAAUUCUUUUAAUUUCGUAUUGAAUUUCGUGUGACUGUUUCAGUUGAAAGGUUUUGUCGUAAACAUUGAUUCUGUCACUUUUGUACAUGAAAAAAAUGAUAAAGCCAAUAAUUAUUAUUUUA